UUGGCUGAAGGGACACGCAUCAGGCGCUCGCGCAUUCGUGGAUCAGACCUCACAGAGGAUGCAGCGGAGCACUGAUUUCUUGGAUUUCUGUUUAGCAUCUCGAGUUUGCGCAAAUCAAUUACCAGCAGCCAUUUCUAGUGAAUGAACUCGCUGUCUGUCGUUCUGUAACGGAGGAUCUAUGUUUCUCGUGUGCUUUGUCAUUUACUUAAGAGCAUGCCACAUUUUCUCCGAUAUACCUAAUGGACAAAAAUAAUUAAAAUGUUAGAAAUCUCGGUGAUUGGAAUGCUUCAACAUAUUCUGAUUUGUACAACUAGAGACCGUUCGACUACCUGUAGGAUUGCAUCAAGCGCGUGAGGGAGGCGGUGAUGCCCAGGAGGCAAUGCGCAUUAGUAUAAUGUGACACAAUUCGGGGUUUUUUUACACUCGAACGAAGGUUUUUGUGCGCAUCGUGCUCAUUUGUACACGGUGAAUAAGCUAAUGGAACCACCGUAAUCUCAAGGAGAGCCGACGGCACGUUGUUUUUGAACAGGCGUUGGGAUGCUCUGCGUUUUUCCUUCAAACCCAGUUGAAGAUGUACAGAACGAGGGGAGAUUUCCAGCAAUAUACCGCACCUGUACCAUAAAGGCUCCGUCUGAAUGGCAAUACUUGAAUGUUUGAAUUCGUGAGAUCAUAUGGCAAUAGUUUUUGCACCUGAUGUAAAGCAAUCCGCAAUCGAUCGAAUGAAUGAUCAUUCCAUGCAUGAUUGUGCAGAGUGUGCAGAGUGACUAAUCGCACAUGGACCACAAUAAGACAGGAUGGAGAAGAAUCAGACACGCGUUUUGAUUAUUGGUUUUGAGCUACCAGAAAGCGCUCUGUAGUAAAGUUGCAGUGGCCGAACUACAGGUGCUAUAUGAAGAACAGGUCACAAGCGUUAAUUUGCCCUCGCAGAAAUGCCAGUGCGUGCUGUGACUUCCAGGUUCAUGUACAGGGGACUUUGCUCAAUUCCAGAUAUCCUCUCCUACAGGACUCCCGUCAGCCUCCCCGAGGAUGAAGUGGAGGAGAUCCGUGAAGCCUUUAAGGUGUUUGAUCGUGAUGGGAAUGGAUUCAUCUCAAAACAGGAGCUAGGAGUGGCCAUGCGGUCUCUUGGUUACAUGCCAAAUGAAGUGGAGCUGGAGGUGAUCAUUCAGAGACUGGACAUGGAUGGUGACGGUCAGGUUGACUUUGAAGAGUUUGUAACACUUCUCGGACCAAAACUGUCUUCAGCGGGUAUGCCUGACAGAUUCCAUGGAGCCGAGUUUGAUUCCAUAUUCUGGAAGUGUGACAUGCAAAAGUUGACUGUGGAUGAGCUGAAGAGACUCCUGUAUGACACCUUCUGUGACCAUCUGACUAUGAAAGACAUCGAGAACAUCAUCAUGACUGAGGAGAGUCAUUUAAACAGCCCCCAGUGCCAAGUAGAUAUUGACACAAGUCCCAUGCAACAAGUCAAGCACACCUGUGUGCGCAAGAGCUUGAUUUGUGCCUUCGCCAUUGCAUUCAUCAUCAGCGUCAUGCUCAUCGCAGCCAAUCAGAUGCUUCGAAGAGGAAUGAAAUAAACAGUUUUGUUUCUAAGACAAUGAAUGACUGACAAAAGGAAACAAGAUAAAAAUGCAAAAAAACCCACUCAUUUUACUAGUUUCUAUUGAUCACAGUUUUACAGAAACACCAAAGGCUGCACUUUCGUUCUACUAUAAACUCAAGGUAAAGACAGACUGUUGUAAGACAGACAAAAUAAUAAUUUAGCCCAAAACAACAUAGUUUAAAAGUGUCAUUAUACUAUAUUAACGAUCAUUCUCGUAUAAAAUAUUACAGUUUUUCUUAGGCUUAUGUUACAAAGUAGACAUCGGUUAUAAUGUAUUGUGUUGUACAGUUGUAAUCCACUUUAUAUCAAAAUCAUGUCAGGGUCAUUAUAUAACAUGACACAAUGACACUGACAAAACGAUUUCCCCAUUUUGUAACAACGUUGUGUGACUGGGUCAUGUAUGUUACACAGUUUUAGAUCUAGUAGAUCCGACAUUUAUUUCACCAACAUGGUCUCAAACAUCACCGGUUUGACCUUUGGGGAUAUUCGUGGAUACAGAAUGAAAAGAGGUAAUAAACAAAUUUGUCAACAAGUCUAAGUCAUCAUGAGUAGUUAGGCUUAGAGCAAUUCAAAAAGAAAAUGAAUGUACCAGUAAUAAACUGUGAUGGAAAGUAAAGUAUAAAUCUGGUGACAAUCCAAAGUGUUACUGAAUCUAACCUGUGCAAUUGUCUUUUGUUAACUUGCAAAAACAUUAUUUCUUCCAGUCUUGACUCUCAGGAUUGUUUGUUGUCAGGUCUUUUAUUAAAAUGUCUGCUGGUUGUGUGAGGAAAAAGUAUUGUGAAAAAUGACUGGCUAUUCGUAUAGUGUUCCACGUGAGGCUAAAUGUUUUUGUCGAUAUCCUGCAAUAUAAUUGUUAUGAGUGUUACUACAUAUGAUUACAUAUUUGCAUGAAGUGUUUCCUAGCAUUUCAAUAACAUCAGUGUUGUCAGUGAAAAUCAGUCUGUAUCAAUAUUAUCAUUUUCUUUAACAACUUGUGGAUUUCAUUGUUCUGGGGUAUUGUGAUCUGUAUAAUUCUUAAUUUUUAAGGCAUGACAUUAACUGUCUCUCAUUGUGUCCACAUUAUCCUGGUCAACUGGAAAAUUACAGGUUAAGUUUAAGAUUUUCAUUGCUUUUAAAGCAACUGUAUGUCUUUUUUUACCUUGAAAAAUGGGUUUCAAAAUCAUUUGACCAAAUGGUCUGUUUCUUUUAAACUCUUCCCUGAAACUGCAGAAGGCUCCAAAGUUGCAAACAUAAAAUUACAUACAGUUGCUUCAAGUUUAUGUAUUCAUAGCAUGACUCAAAGGGCAUGAACCAGUGCAUGUUAUUCAAAAGUAUUAUUCCGAAGCUAAUGGUAACAAGCAAUAUUUGGCUUAUGCAUACUUUGAAAUAAAUGUAUGCAUUCAGCAGCGAUCUGUAAUUUAUGCAUUUGUCAGUAAUCUCAGUGCCUAAACAGUAAAUUGGAUGUUGUUGUUCUGUGUCUUAGGUUUGAAGUCCAAAGUCUAUAUUUUUGUGCACUUUCCCAGUAUUUA